GGGCGGGCCGCCGAGGGCUCGGGCGCCGUGCUGCUGCGCAGCCACCUGGGCCGCUACCUGGCGGCCGACCAGGACGGGCAGGUGCGCUGCGAGCAGGAGGCGCCGGGCGCCGAGUGCCGCUGGGCCGUGGUGGCGCACGACGACGGGCGCUGGUCGCUGCAGUCCGAGCCGCACCGCCGCUUCUUCGGCGGCACCGAGGGCCGGCUGGCAGCAUCCCGCACUUCCAGCCCAGAAGAGCAGGAGUCUGCAGCAGUUAAUGUCGGGGAGCAGAAGCGAAUGGGGGCCGAGGGCGCUUUGCUGAUCCGCCAGCAGCGGAUGGACCUCUCGGCCAAUCAGGAUGAAGAGAGUGACCAAGAAAUCUUUCAACUGGAGAUCAACAAGGACACCAAGAAGUGUGCCUUCAGGACCUAUACUGGGAAAUACUGGACCCUCACCCCCAACGGGGGGAUACAAUCCACCGCCUCAACCAAGAACUCAAGUUGCUACUUUGACAUCGAGUGGUGUGACAGGCGCAUCACCCUGAAGGCUACGAACGGCAAGUAUGUCACAGCAAAGAAGAACGGGCAGCUGGCGGCCACAGUGGAGACGGCGGGUGAGACGGAGCUCUUCCUGAUGAAGCUGAUCAACAGGCCGAUCAUUGUCCUCCGCGGGGAGCAUGGUUUCAUCGGCUGCCGCAAGGUGACUGGAACCCUCGACUCGAAUCGUUCCAACUACGAUGUCUUUCAGCUGGAAUUCAACGACGGUGCAUACAAUAUUAAAGAUUCCACUGGGAAGUACUGGAUGGUGGGGAGCGACUCAUCCAUCACCAGCAGCAGCGAUACGCCCGUGGACUUCUUUCUUGAGUUCUGCGACUAUAACAAAUUGGCUAUCAAAAUCAACGGCAAAUAUCUGAAGGGUGACCAUGCCGGUGUCCUCAAAGCUUCUGCUGAUGCAAUCGACUCCUCUACCCUUUGGGAAUAUUAAUGCACUUUAGCUUUCCCCCCCCAUUGCCAACUUCUUUCUGUCUUUGGUUUGGUUUCUCCUCUCUUCUUUCUGUCUCUCCCUCUCUCUGUAAAAGGAUUUUCAGACUGGCUUGCUGCUCCCCCCCUACCAUAGAAUCCGAUGUCUUUUGUUGGAGGUAGGGCUUUCUUUUAUCUCUUAAAACUGGAUAAAUAACCUGGAGAAAAUGGUGCAACCUGUCCCUAGAUUUAGAAGCAUCUUUUUUUCAGGUUAGUUUGGCUUGGGGAAUUCUAGCUGCCAUACCCCACCCUGGCUCUGAGCAUCCUCCCUGUUUUCCCUCCUCCCCCCCCUUCUAAAAGAAAAGGGAAUAGCAUCAUCUCUCUGCUCUUGUGCCAUACAGAGUUAGUGUCACACUCCAAUCUCUACUGCCAAUGUCCUUGCAGCUGCUUAAUCGAUUAAAUUAGCAAGAGCUAGCUUGGACAAGCUCUUGGAGUGUCAGUGACUCCUGCUUUUCCAUCAAACCAAGGGAGGUGGGAGGCCGUGGCAUUAAAAUCCAGCUUCAGGGAGACAUCAUCUUCCUUCACUUGGUUUUGAUGAAGACAUUUCUUCAGUCCCUUCUUUGGGCAUAAGAGGUAACCUUGCAUAUCAUGCCCCCAACCCUGAAGGGCUGGCUUCUGCCAGCAGAAACUCAACUGCAGGGCUAGUAAGCUUAAGUCCUCCUCCCUUUUAAAACUGGAGAUGCAUGCAAGUAGAGCACCUAAAACUGUUCCAAGGCCAAUACCGUCUGGAAGGCUUCAGGGGCUCAUCUCGGGAGCCCCCCUCUCCAUAAACAGAGCUCUGGGUCUGUUCUGUUUGUGCGAGAGGAGCAUCAUGGAGUCUUUUCAACUGGUUCGGCUUGUUGGCUCCAUGAGAUUUACUGCACCUCAGAGGCUACUGAAGCUGCCUUAUUGCUACUCCUAGAAGGGGACAGGUUCAUGAAAUUUGUCGCUAGGCACAUUAACUUUUAAAUAGGUAUCCUCUUAACCAGUCCUUGCUUCUGCUCCCCUGCAGCCCUCCUGUCUGGAAGGCUGACUUCCCCAGCGGCUUUCUUACAUGGUGCUGAUUCACUCUCAACAAUGACUCUGGUGCACACCAUGGGCUUCUCAGCACCCUUCUCUUCCCCACUAACUGCAAAAGAAACAAUGUGCCUGGUAUGCUCAAGGACUGUCCCAGAUUUACAGCCAUAUCUCGCUGCUUUUUCUUUUAACCGUUCAGAUUUAAGCCCUCUGGGCUACGGGAGCAUUGGUUGGAGAGGAGUGUAAAGCAGGUUGGCUGACACUGCUUGCCCUGGAUAGUAGCUGGAAGCAUACGUUGCAGAUCUUGGUUUACAGAGUAGAAACCUUCUUAGCAAACUUUGCACAGUGGUAUUUGUUCAGUACUUUCUUCUCAUACCUACUGGAAUAGCAAAAUCCUAAUCACUGAACGUCUUACUGUUUGAAGCCUGUUCCUAUUGCUUGAGUCUGAUUUUAAGCUGUCUCCUCUCUGCCACCCUUCCCUGGGAGGAGAACUUUUUUUGCAUUGAUGGCAUGAAAACUUAGCAACAUUACUGGAAGCAGAAAAAUGACCAAAACAGUAUUUUUGUUAAUGUCUAUUUAUAUCUAUCUCCAUGGCACUAUGUUAUCAGCUGUCUGUUAGAAGUCUGCAUUAGUGUAUAACAAUGUGAACAUUUUGUAAUAGGUGAUGCUAAACUGUCCUUCAGGGUAUCAGAAGGCACUCUCCUUAGAGGCCACUCUACAGGCAAAUUUCUUUUGGCCCCUGCAAAUACUCAGCCCGUUGUUGCCCCAGUUCCAGCCUGGAAGGGGAUGCAUACUGCAUCGCAGCCACCAGUUGCUCUUUCUGUGGCUGGCUUCAACAAGCCAGACCAUGUUUCCAUGCCUUGCUGAGCUCCUAACCAGACAUGGUGCUUGUGGCUUCACUUGUGUCAUACUGAAGGCUAGUACCUCUUGCCAGAAGCAAGGUAGGGCCUCAAGCCUUAAAGCCAUAUGGCCAUUCCUAAAGUCUUUCUUCUCUAGGAGCUUGGUGCUAAAGUCUCUUCAGCCAGCAACUGGAGCCCUUGGUCUGAGUUCUGGGGCUGAGACCUAAGAAGAAAAGGCAUCUCCUCCAUCUGGGACACCUGUGAUUUUUUUUUUAAAGGAUGCCACCUCCAGCUUGGCUCCUUGCCCCUUCAUUUCAGAGGUGCUCCUUUCCCUGCACCUAGGGGACCGGCAAACUUGUAAACUUUAAAAGCUUUUCUUGGGAACGGAGAUGCCUCCAAAAGGAACGAGUGUCCUCAUGAAACCCUGACUGACCCUGUGACUUGGCACACACUGCUUGCUGGCCCUGCUGUCCACAGUGUCUCCCUUCUUCCCCUUCCUAGUUGCAGUUUGAACCACGUAACUCCUGCUCUGGCUUCUUCCAUAUGUGACAGUAGGUCAAGAAUCUCCCUCAGUCUCCUUUAUCGGGUGUUGUGACUGAAACCAUCUCACUCUGAAUCUAAGUUUUUGGGGGUUUUUUAUUUUUAUUUUUUGUAAGUGCCAUUUGUAUAACUUAAAAUAGCUUCAAAUGGAGAAAGAUAAAUAAAAACCUGCAUUCAGAUAUGAGAACUGGUGUGGGUAGUCUUCAUGGAAGUGGGGGUCUGAAGCAGUCCUCUGCCUCAAGGAGGAGUCUCUCCAGCGUGUCUGGGGGGCCUGGAGCUGUUGCUAUCGGGGCCAUAAGGAAAGGAGGGAGGGAGGAGAUAGAUAAGGUAAAUUGGUGAUAUUUGCUUCCCCAUGUGCUAAUAGAAAGAACUACAGCAG